AUGAGCCGAAUAACAGAAUGGCGCAAACUGCCCGUUGCACUCAAUGAACUCUGCCUAGCAACGACGCUGCGUUGCGGCCAAUCCUUUCGAUGGCGUCAAUGUGAAGACCAAACAUGGGCCUGCACACUGCGAGGCCGGAUUGUGCAACUGACCCAAGAUCCUUCCCACCUCCAAUACCGGUCUAUAUGGCCUGCCCCUUGUGAAGCACCUCUGACACCUCCCUCUUCUGUCCCACCCACCGUGGAUGAAAGGGGUGACUCCGACGACACCAAGGACCUCAUCCACCACUACCUGAAUCUGGGUCCCAACUUGAACAGCCUCUACGCGCAAUGGUCUGCGGCCGAUGCCAAUUUCAGAAAGAAAGCCCCAAAGUUUGCAGGGGUGAGGAUCUUACGGCAGGAUGCGUGGGAAGCUCUCAUUGGAUUCAUCUGCAGCAGUAAUAAUAACAUCAUAAGAAUAUCGCAAAUGGUGGACAAGCUGUGUACACAUUACGGUGCAUACAUUGGGACAUUGGAAGGCAGGGCAUAUCAUGAUUUCCCCGAACCGUCCGCUCUGACGGGUAAGAAUGUUGAGAGUCACCUAAGAGAGCUUGGGUUUGGGUAUCGAGCAAAAUACAUCUAUCAGACAGCAAGGAUGAUUGCUGGAGAACGAGAAGAAGGCUGGCUGGACAGUUUGCGCAACCCAGAGAGCCCAGCGUACCCAGACAAGGCUUCAUUUGGUGGUGAGAUGAAGCCCGAAGGCAGGGACGGGUAUCGAGAGGCGCACGCAAAGUUACUGGACUUGCAGGGCGUCGGACCCAAAGUGGCGGACUGCGUGUCGCUGAUGGGACUGGGCUGGGGAGAAGCGGUCCCCGUGGAUACCCAUGUUUGGCAAAUUGCGCAGCGGGACUAUAAAUUUGGCAAGGGCAAGCACAGCAGCUUAACCAAGGCGACAUAUGAUGCUGUGGCCAACCACUUUCGAAAGCUGUGGGGGAAAGAGGCCGGCUGGGCGCACAGCGUUCUGUUUACAGCGGACUUACGGACAUUCGCAGAGAGACUGACGAUCAAGGUGGAAACCAGCGUCCAAGAAGCCUCGGCUGUGAAGCAGGAAGAGCCGCAUUUGAAGAUUGUCGAGAAGAAGAUGAUUCGGCGAGCUGCGACCAAGCGAGAAGCCGAUUCGGAGACAGAGGACUCGAAAACGAUGGUGCAUCUUGAGGAGGUUUCUAUGACAAGUGGGGAGCGGGUGAAACGAAGAAAGCGCAAGUGA